AUGAAAAGAUAAAUGUAAAUUAAAUUUUUAUUUAAUAGUAAAAAUAAAAUUACUCUGAAAGGAGUAAAUGCAUUUUUGUCAAUCAUAUCUAAUAGUGCUAGCCUCUAAACUUUAAACAUAGAUUUUGGAUCAAAUUAAAUUGUGUUUUCAGGACAAAAGGAUUCAUUUUCAGGAUUAGCAAAUUUAGUAAAUCUCUAAACUUUAGGACUGCAUUUAUCCGAAAAUUAAAUUGGAGAAGUAGGAACUAUAAAUUUAUUAGAUUCUUUAUCACUUUACCCUCAUCUUUAAACAUUAGAUAUAAAUUUAAAAUAAAAUCAAAUUAAAUUCGAAAAAAAAAGAAACAUAUUUUCUGUAUUAUCAAAAAUGGCUAAGUUAAUUAAUUUACAUCUAGACUUAAGUCAUAACAAAAUUUAAGAAUAAGGAACAUAGGACCUUUUCUCUACCUUAGAUCAAUGCACUUAACUUUAAACUUUGAACCUUAAUUUAUCAUCUAAUAGCAUCACUUUUUAUGGAGAGAACGAUGAAUUUCCUAGUUUAGCAAAUCUUAAGAAUCUCUAAUCAUUAGAUUUGGAUUUAUCAUCAAACAAUAUUCAAAUAAAAGGAGUGCUGGCACAAUUCUCUUUUUUGGCAAGUUGCACUCUUCUCUAAACUUUUAAAAUCAACUUAAAUAAAAAUAAUAUUAGUGAUUUAGGCCUUUAGGGUUUAAGUAAAUCUCUAAUUAACUGCUCGAAUCUCUCAAAUUUGACAAUAGAACUCUAUCACAAUAAAAUUUAAUCUUAAGGUGCUAAAGACUUGGGCUAGGCUUUAACAAAUUUUAUUGACCUUAAAAGUUUGAGUCUCAAGUUAAAUCUUAAUUAAAUUGAUGCAUAAGGUAUGUCAGAUUUAGGUAUAAGUUUAGCUAAGUGUAAAAAGCUAUCAAAUUUAGAAAUUUAGAUAUGUAACAAUUAAAUCGGUAACCUAGGCCAGGGUGCAUACAAUUUAAUUUCUGCUUUAUCAAAUUGCUCUGAACUCUCAAAUUUAUCCAUUUAUCUCUAAAAGAAUAAAAUUAGUAAUAAGGGUGCAUAAAUGAUAGGCAUGGCUCUAGGGAAGUGUAUUAAUAUCUCAACUUUAAAUCUAGAUCUAUGGAAUAAUAAAAUUGGUAAAUAAGGAUCAUCAGAUUUAGUUUCCCUUUUAGAAUGCUGCAAAAAACUUUCAACAUUAAAUCUUAACUUAAAUAGAAAUUAAAUUGACAAAGAUGGUGCAUAAUUUUUAACUACAGCUAUAUCAAAACUGGUUAAUAUUUCUAGCUUGAAACUUAGUCUUUUUGAUAACUAAAUUUGUAAUCUUGGUGCUUUUGUCUUAGGUUUAUCUUUAUCCAAAUGCAAGAACCUCUAAAAUUUGUAACUGGACAUUGAGAAUAAUUAAAUUAGUGGAAAGGGUAUAAUUGAUUUAUGCAGUGCAUUAUCUUAGAGUCCUAAUUUAUCUACUUUGAAAAUUAAUUUUGGGUGGAUUUUAUUAUGGGAAGAAUCUAACUUUAAAUAUAUUAGGAAAAUUCAUAAAAUGAAGAGAUUAGUUAUCUAUUAAAUAGAUUUUUGA